CGCUGAGACCCGAGCAGCCGGCUACUCCGAGUCUGGAACCGGGAAGCCGCGCUCGGCGGCGGGUGCCGGGCGGCGAUGAGGAUCUGGAGCUCGGAGCACGUGUUCGGCCACCCAUGGGACACGGUCAUCAAGGCUGCUAUGAGGAAGUACCCGAAUCCGAUGAAUCCCUGCGUGGUGGGAGUCGAUGUGCUGGAGCGCAGUGUGGACCGCUGCGGCCGGCUGCACAGCCACCGCCUCCUCAGCACCGAGUGGGGGCUGCCCGCCCUCGUGAAAGCGAUUUUGGGAACCAGUAGGACUUUAACAUACAUCAGAGAACAUUCUGUUGUGGAUCCAGUGGAAAAGAAAAUGGAACUUUGUUCCACCAAUAUCACACUCACAAACUUCGUGUCGGUGAACGAGAGGUUGGUGUACACGCCCCAUCCGAAGAACCCUGACAUGACGGUGCUCACGCAGGAAGCCAUCAUCACCGUGAAGGGGAUCAGCCUUGGCAGCUACCUGGAAGGCUUAAUGGCCAACACAAUAUCAUCCAACGCAAAGAAGAAGUCUGGCCGAGCCCUCCUACACUCUUCACCCCUCGCUGCAAUGCCCCGCGACAUCGUCUCCACAGGGCGUCCUCUCCCGCUUCCCUGGCGCUGCCCUUCCUGGGAGCCUGGUCUCGCUCGCUCUCCUGUGGCCCGGCAGCCGCAGGCUGUCUUCACUCCGGGCACUUCGUAGGCCUGGAGCCUUGUCUCCUGGGUUCCCUGCCUCUUCUCUUCCCGGCUCCCGACUGGAAAGGACUCUUGUGGUAGUGCCUAGGCCAGUGACGGCGAACCUUUUGAGCUCGGUGUGUCAGCGUUUUGAAAAACCCUAACUUAACUCUGGUGCCGUGUCACAUUUAGAAAUUUUUUGAUAUUUGCAGCCAUAGUAAAACAAAGACUUAUAUUUUUGAUAUUUAUCUUAUAUAUUUAAAUGCCAUUUAACAAAGAAAAAUCAACCAAAAAAAUGAGUUCGCGUGUCACCUCUGACAUGUGUGUCAUAGGUUCGCCAUCACUGGCCUAGGACUGAGCACAUCUGAAAAUGCCUCUUCUGUUCUCACGCUUCAUUUACGAUGCUAGAUAGAAAAUGCUUUCCCUCGGAAGUGUGGAGGCAUUGCUCCAUGGUUUUGCACUCUGGUUCUUGGUCUCCGCAUGGGGCUUUUUUUCUCUCUCAAAGCUUUUAGGAUCUUUUUAUCUCUGAUCUGGGAAAUUUCAUACGGCUAAGCCUGGCUUGAAGUGAUCUUUUAAAAUUCACUGUGUUGUAUGUGUUGAAUUCCUGUUUUUGAUAUUAUAAUUAUAUAAGAUGUUAUUAGGGGAAAGUGGGUGAAAGGUACACGGGGCAUUCCUGUACCAUCUUUGCAGCUUCCUAUGGAUCUAUAAUAAUGUCAAAAUUCAAAGUUAAAAAAAUAUAUAGUGGCAUCAUGGAAAAUGGCAGUGGUGGUGCUCCAAGAAUCAGGCCCUCCAAUGAAACAACCAAUAAGCUGGCAAAAUUGACAGAAUCAACUUGUUAGUUUAUUUUGUUCAUUAGAUUCUGCAUAUGAGUGAAAUCACAUGGUACUUGUCUUUCUCUGACUGGCUUAUUUCACUUAGCGUAAUGUUCUCCAGGUCCAUCCAUGCUGUCGCAAAGGGUACGAUUUCCUCCUCCUUAUGGUUGAGUAUAAUUCCGUUGUGUAAAUGUACCACAGCUUUUUUACUCACUCACCUACUGAUGGGCACUUGGGCUGCUUCUAAAUCUUGGCUAUCCUAUCUAAUAAAGAGGGAAUAUGCUAAUUGACCUUCAUGCCGUCGCAAAGAUGGUGGCGCCCAGUCCCCUCAGCCCCCCAGCCGCCAGGGCUGGCCCGAGGCACAGGCAUGCCUCGAAUGGUGGCUGCCCAGCCGCCCAGGGCCGCCCUAGGCUCAGGUAACCAGGGCUGCCCGAGGCUUGUGCAGCAGCAGAGGUGUGAUGGGGCGUCGCCUUCCCCUGAUCGCCAGGUUGCCUCCCGCCCCUGAGGGCUCCUGGACCAUGAGAGGGGGCAGGCUGGGCUGAGGAACCCCCCUCCAGUGCAUGAAUUUUCAUGCACCGGGCCUCUAGUUGUAAAUAAUGCUGCAAUGAACACAUGGGUACAUAUACUCCUUCAAAUUAGAGUUUUGGGUUUCUUUGGAUAUAUUCCUGGAAUUGUAAUCACUGGGUCAUAAAGCACUUCCAUUUUUAAUUUUUUGAGGAAACUCCAUACUAUUUUCCACAGUGACUGCACCAAUCUGCAUUCCCACCAGCAGUGCACUAGGGUUCCCUUUUCUCCACAUCCUUGCCAACACUUGUUUGUUGAUUUAUUGAUAAUAGCCAUUCUGAUAGGUGUGAAGUGAUUUUAAUUUGCAUUUCUCUGAUGAUUAGGACAUUGAGCACCUUUUUAUAUGUCUAUAGGCCGUGUGUAUGUCCUUUUUGGAGAAGUGUCUAUUCAGGUCCUUUGCCCUUAAAAAAAAAAAAAUCCUCACCUGAGGAUAUGUUUAUUGAUUUUUAGAGAGACGUUUCUCUGAAGAAGAUAUGGAAAAGAACAAGCAUUGACAAAGAUGUGGAGAAACUGGAAACUUGGUGCAUGCUGGUGGUCAUGUAAAAUGGUGUUGCCACUCCAUGCCUAGUUAUAUACUCAAAACUAUUGAAAACAAGUACCCAAAUAUAGGAAUGUUCACAGGAGAAUUCAUAGCCAAAAGGUGGAGACAACCCAGUGUUUUUCAGCUGAUAAAUGGAUAAACUAAAUGCGGUGUAUCCAUACACUGGAAUAUAUUUCAGCCACAAAAAGGAACGAAGUGCUGACACAUAUUACAACACGGGUGAAUCUCCAAAACAUUACGCUAAGUAAAAGAAGCCAUGCACAGCAGGCUGCGUACUGUGUGGUUUCAUUUGCACACGGUAUCUAGAAUGGGUAAAGCUGUUUACCCAUCAAAGCAGAUUGGUGUUUGCCAGGAGGUCAGGGGAGGCACACGUGGGGGAGACUGCUUAAUGGGUACGGGAUUUCCUUUUGGAGUGAUGGAAAUGUAUGUUUUGAAAUGAGAUAGAAGUGAUGGUUGCACAACACUAAAUGUACUACAUACCUCUGAAGGUAUACUUUAAAAUGGGUAAGGUAUGUGAAUUUCAUCUCAGUAAAAAAUAAGGAAAUAUAUAGUUUUAAACAAAUAUUUUAUAUAUAUAUACAUAUAUAUAUAUAUAAUAAAGCUGAGGUCAAGUUAAAAAAAUCAUUGUGUGGGGAACUUGGUGGUCUUGGAUCUGGUAAUGAUUUAUUUGAUAAUUUCUCUACCAUUCUCUCUUACUUUUACUGGAAGGAAGUCCGCCUUAGUCAUGUGUUAAGCCUCCUGGAUUGAUCUUGUCAUUUUCUUAUACUUUCUCUCCUCUUUUCCUACCUUCUGGGAGAUUUCCUGGAUGUUAUCUUACAACCCUUUCACUCACUUUUAUUUUGGCAAAUUGCAUUUUUAAUUUCUCAAUCUCUGUUGGUUAUAGCAUCCCGUUCUUGCUUCACAGAUGUAGGGGCUUCCCUCCUCUCCCUGCAGAAGUAAAUGUGGAGCAAAGCUUUCUCCUUACCGCCCCGUCUCCUCCACGUCCCUUUACAUUGGAGGCUCUCCGAUGUGGGCUCACACUGACGUUCCCCAAGCGAAGCUCCAGGUGCAGAGCAAGGUCACCGCCAGCUGGGCUCCACCCAGGGUGGCCACCAGAGGGUGUCCUGUGGCUGUUUUUUUGACCCAACUACUUUCCUCUAGAAUGGCUCAGUGUCUCUCAACAAGACUCCUCAACCUAUUGGGGUGUGUGGAGGGUUCCCAGGGACCCAAGAGCCCAGCUGUGAAAUCCUCCCCCUUCAGCCUGUCCCUGCCCUUCCCUGCGUCCUCUUCUCUGGACACUCCCCAGGCUCUGAAUGGUGGUGUCUGACCCACUCUGCCACGUCACUGCUCCCCACGUGGUGGGUGGGAGGUUGCUGACUCGGCGUGGUUGCUGAAGUUUGUGUUUCUGUUCUUUUCCUUGUAGUUCUAUGGACUUUUCGGAGACAAGGGCAGAAGGUCCUUUCCCCACCAUCUUGUAUCACCUUUAUAAACAACACAAAUUUUAAAAAUACAUAAAAGCAAUGCAUGUCUAUGAUUUAAAGAAAAAUAUAGGCGUGUCUGUAAGGGUAAAAGCCUCCCUUGGAGAGGAAGAACGGCUGGCCUCUGCCAGUUGACUCCCAGAUUUUACAAAUGUUUGGUGCAUAUAGAAGUAUGUGUGUAAGUUUCUCUUCUAUUAAACACGGAUGGAUCAUACUGUA